AUGGAACAUGAAACAAAGUCGUUAAUUGAGCAUAAUAAACCCAUUAGGUCUCCUCACAACCAUAAAGAAAAGUCUGUAGAGAGUAUACAGUUCGGCUCCUUUUAUCUUGCUACCGACAAUUCUUCAGUAAACACUAAUGGCCCGCUGAAGAAAGGUCAGGCUGAUGGGGCAGUGAAAUCUCGACCCUCCAGCUCUCAGUCUGCUGGGUCUCAAAAGGGACUCGAUGCUUCUACACCUUCGACCUCUGAUAAGAUCAGUGAUACAGAAGUAAAUGGGAUUAUUAAAGAGGUCUCUGAAAGAAAACCUCUUACCAAUGGCGUGACGGUGAAGGCAGAUCCUAUAGGUUUGGGGAAGUUGUGUGUGUCAGAUGCUGAAAGUGACUCUUUGUAUAAAGCUUCGAGCUCGAAAUUUCAAGCCCUGGAGGACAGUGAAAUAUUGUUAAGUGAUUCUUCAUCUAACAGCGUACCAAGAAAGAACAAUCAGAUGGUUGCUACUGAAACUCCUCUGCCCGUUAAAAAAGAACUUACACCAAGAGGAUUAAUAAACGCUGGAAACUUCUCCUCCAGCGAAUACAACUCCAAGAUAUUCCAAAGUUGUUAUCUGAUGGGUGACUGUUCACAUCUGCGUGCUCAGGCUGAGUCUCCAACACUAUCUGCAUUCUCCGAGUUCAUCUCCGAACUAGAUAAGCAGUUCAAGUUUCAGAAACAAUGUCGCCGUUGUUGA